AUGUCGGCAGCGUGGCUCGCUUUGCUCCUGGUUCUCUGGGCUCCACACGACACCUGUGGGGCCAAUGAAAAAAAAGUGGUGUGCUACUUAGGUAGCUGGGCUGCCUACAGAAAUGGAAAUGGACAGUUCGAAAUAGAAUACAUCCAACCGGAACUGUGCACGCACCUGGUUUACAGUUUUGUUGGAAUAACUUCUGCAGGAGAGGUCAAAAUUCUGGAUCCAUGGCUGGAUCUUCCAAGCGGAAAAAACGGGUAUAAUCGGUUCAACAGCUUGAAAUCAGCGAACACAAAAACUCUUAUUGCUAUCGGUGGCUGGAACGAAGGGUCAACGACUUUCUCAGCUGUUGCGAACGACCCCACACUGAGAGCGAGGUUCGCGCAGAAUGCAGCUGCUUUUGUGGGCAAAUACGGCUUUGACGGACUCGACGUGGACUGGGAAUACCCGGCGAAUCGUGGCGGAGCUGCCUCCGACCUGGUGGCGUUUGUUGAGCUGCUGAAGGCGCUGAGGACGGAGUUUGACAAGUACGGCUACAUCCUGAGCGCCGCCGUCGGAGCUGCCCGCAACCUCAUCGGGACUGGAUACGACGUGCCGCAGCUGUCCAAGUAUCUUGACUUCAUCAACUUGAUGGCAUAUGACUUCCACGGUUCCUGGGACCAGAAGACCGGUCAGAAUGCCCCUCUGUAUGCCAGCUCAGCCGACACGACCGAAGCCGAACGUCAGCUCAAUGUGGACGCCAGCGUUCGCUACUGGAUACAGAGUGGUGUCGAUCCUUCUAAGCUCAUACUGGGAAUGGGGACCUAUGGGCGGACGUUCACUCUGAGCAGUGCUGCCAACAGUGGCGUCGGUGCGCCUGCCAGUGGUCCUGGAAACGGUGGGCAGUACACCUACCAACCUGGCAUGCUGGGAUACAACGAGAUAUGUGAGAAAAUCAUGGCAGGAGGCUGGACGGUAACGUGGGACGACCAGCAGAAGGUUCCAUACACGGUGAGCGGCAACCAGUGGGUCGGCUACGAUAAUGAAGAAUCCAUCAGAAUAAAGUCGCAGUACGCCCUCGCGAUGAACCUGGGCGGCGCCAUGAUCUGGAGCCUGGAGACAGACGACUUCAGAGGUCUGUGCGGCGCCGGGAGGUACCCUCUGCUCAGCACCAUCAACGGCGUGCUGCGAGGAGUCAGGUCACACAACAGCACUGCUACCGCGGUUUGGAACACACCGACCGCUAGCAGCAGUGGCGGUAGCAACGGCUGGGGCUCCAGCAGUACUCCUGGAACAAGCGGCCUCGGCAGCCUGCCUGGAAGCAACGUGACAGCGGCGACGCCGGCGACGCUGUGCAGGGCGCCGGGCUACGUGAGGGACCCGUACGACUGCGGCGUCUUCUACUACUGCUCCGCCUCGUUCGGCGCCUACGCCGCCAGCAGGUUCCAGUGUCCCGCCGGACUCGCCUUCGAUGCCCGCACGUCGAUCUGCAACUACAGAAACCUCGUCUCCUGCUGACGAGCUCUGCGGUUUUCCGCGAUUGUACAGCAACACGCAGUGUGAAUGACGGAACGACAACGUGAAAAA